AUGGCUGUAAGAGACGCGGGUCACAGCAUUGAGAUCGAAGUUGAAGGUCAGCAGGCCGACCCCGACUUCAUUCAAACUCCUGCAAGGACGGAUUUCAAGCCUGGGUUCUCCAACCUUUACAUGCAUACAAGCGGGGACUUUCUUCAAAGAAACACUGCAGAGAGACGAGUGUACAGGAUCAACCCAUGGCUGAUUCUAUUUUCUCACGAGCCCCUGUCUGCCUUGCUCACUUUGCGUCCCGUGCAGAUCAUCCUCAUCGUAGUUGGUGUACUGUGGAUCAUCCUCGAGUCGAUUACUCUUCACGGCAUUGAAUCCUCCGGCUACUUCUCUCUGAUCCCUACCAAAGGAGGGCCAUCAGAGUUUCUGCUACAGGACUAUCUUCAAAACAGCCAUGUCGCUUGCUCAUGGGAAUUGUCCCUGCAACUGGCCACUAGAUACAUCGCUGCAAUUGCAGUCAUGGUCUCUGGCUUCCUUGCGAGCUGGAGCAGAUUUCAUCGAACAAAACAGGUCCUGAUCUUCGUUGGCUUGCUCGACGGGCUGCUGAACUUGAUCAUCUUCUUCCAAAUGGUGUCCGAGGGUUACAAGGAAACUGCGAUCGGGGGAUCACGACAUGAGUUUAUUGUCUACGCGAUCACGGAUCUCUUCUUGUUUCCCGUUCCUUUGCUCUUCAACGAGCUUUACGUGAUAGAACAGGUCUUCUUGGCCCACCUCGCGAUGUUGGGCUCUGCCUUGGGAGGAGGACGAGUGAGGUACGAGAGCAUCUGCAUGAUGGCGGCGACUGCUCUUUUCAUGGUCCACCGGGAGCUCACGAGAUCGAGGACCUUGAGCGAAGCCAUGCACAGCUCGUCAGUCUUCGAGAAGGAAUGGGAAGAGGUGAAAGGCAGCCAGUCGAUGUUUCGGCUGACGGAGGCUCUACGCAUAGUACGAGGAUGGGGGCCCUAUGGUCCUACUUUCAUCUUGCCUAGCUCCGACUCCAGCCCUACUCCUGGUGAAUCUGAGAUAGACAAGGAGAUUGAGGUAUCUGCAAGCAAGUCAGAAGAUGCUGUGGCAAUCUUCAAGGGGCUCUACCCAGGGAACAUUCUGGAUGAUUAUCUCUUCAGCAGCUCGCAUGGUGUUGUGGAUGUCGCCACGUCUACCAUCAUGUACUCGUCGACGCCAAUCAGAAGCGCUUCUUACAAACCCUUCUUUCAGCUGAUCCUUUUCAUGGUCUCAGGUGCAUUUGCAUUCUCGAUCGCGAGUGGCUCGUGGGUGAGAACAUAUUCCAUACUGGCAAAUGGAGAAAUCGGUGCCCGGCAGUAUCGUCUAGACGUCAAUGCUGAUCCUUCGAUUGCUUUAUCUUCGCCAUCGCGCUCCCUUUUGCAUCGGUCGUUUGCGAUGACUAAAGACUCGUGUCGGCGGUUCUAUCCUUCUGCUGUCUCGGUGUCAAACUCAUCAGUGUUUUACACGUACGACAAGGUGACGAGAGGCAACGGGUGGCAGCUUGACCUGAGCGCGACUCUCUCUGUGCUUCCCUUCAAUCCCUACAACUUCUCUUUGUAUCGCCUCAAUGAGGGCUCAGACUUGCAGCACAUCGCCGACCAGGACUGGAGUAUGGUGUACUCCUUCUCUUGUGCCGACCAUGCAGCAAUCUCCUUCUGCCACUCCCCUGCAGGAAUGCAAGACGGGCGCACCAUCUCCUUUGACUUGCGAGAACCAUGGACGGAAAACAUGAUCUUUGUAAUCUUCACAUUCCAGGCGGGUUUUUGUUUUCUUGGGGGGGUGUUUGCCGUUCUGCGAAAGUCAAAGAUUGUCAAGUUCUGCAUCGCUUCACCGUUCCAUAUUGUGGGAUUUGCGGAGCUCGUGGUCGCAUUACCUUUAUCUUCUCAGAGUAUCCUGGGGAAUCUGAAUCUUGUUUGGGGAAUAGCCGAUUUGAGUUACGGGAUGACGCUGCAAUUCAAAGAGCAAUACUCGCUGCACGUACUUCCUCUCUAUGUUAUCUACACAACCAUCUUCAACGUCUGUAUAUCGUCCUCUUGGUUUCAAACUCCCUUCGAUAUAUCUUACAUUCCAUUCACAUCCUACGUCCUGGGCGCAAUCUGGCUCUACUUUCGUCUGAAGAGGGACUACCUGUACCGCAAGGCCGUGCAGCAAGUCGAGCCCGACCGACUCAAGUACGACGCGUGCUGGAGCCGGUACGUCUCGCUGGAGAGCUGCAGAGAACAGCUCGCCAGGAUCAAAAGGCUGUGUCACCCUGAGGUCUCUUCCCGCAAAGUAGAGCAGAAGUCUCGCAGAGAUCUCAUGCCUCUACGCAAAGACCUAGGCAUCUUCGACCCCCUCAUCACCUGCUACCGAGACCCUGGCGCCUGGAGCUUCUUGCCGUCGAGGUUCGGAGGAAUGGAGUACAUGCGCAUCGGGGAUGUGGGCCAGGGGUGUCACAUAAACAGAGGGGCCAUGCGGAUCUUUGCGCUCUUGGUGGGAGCCGCCAUGGCAGAUGCGUUCGCUCCUUCGCUCCUUUCAGCUCAGAACCCAGCUCAGAUCUAUCAUUCCAAAUGUCUCGCGGCUUCUGCUCCGCAAGCUCGUCAGAGCAUGGCCAGUCAGACCAGGAUGUCAUUGUUUCAAGAUUGUGGGAGGAGGGUCAUAGCAGGUUUCCUUGGUGCCACUACGUUUGUGCUGCCUGCAACGGCCGAUGCUUUCACUGCCCCGUCCUACGCUGCCCAGUACCUCAUCUCAGUCGACACCACCUUGCCCAACGGAUGGGCCACAGCAUCCACCAGUGAUGGGAAGGUUUACUACUACAACGUGGAUACUAAACAAACGCAGUGGGAGAAACCAACAGACACGGUGGUCUCCUUUGACUUCAACCCAACUAUUCCUGUCGAUCGCGUCACCGUCCGUGAACAACCAAAAUUGGAAGGAGGGUGCGGCGAGACAGAUUAUCGCUCAAACAGUGUGGAGUGUGGUGCCCCAGCCAAGAUCCCAGUGCAGGAUGUUGCGGAGAAGUCGAUCAGCACCAUUGAAGGUCUCGCCAAAGGAGACGUGAAGCAGAAGGCCCAAGCUGCGAACGAGCGCCUGAGGAUGCUGGAGGCUGCGGAGAUGAAGGCUCUUUCCAAGAGUGAGCUGUUCCAGAAGCUGGAAUCAAGAACAAAGGCAGGACCGAAACUUGUCUUUUCUGUGUUGACCGUGGUUCAGGACCCGGCGAGGAUGGCAGAGAGGAAAAAGCAGAUCGACGAGAUCACUCAGAAGAAUGACGAGGGGUCGAUGAAGGCACCGUGGGCUAGCGAAGACGAUCCUUUGCCUACCGGAGAGAAGAUAAAGAUCCCGGCUGCUGUGACCAGGGCUGCGGAUGUCGUGGUCCUCUCGGGUGUGAUCGGAGGGAUCUACCUCAACAGGGACAAGAUCUUCAAGAUCUACGAGAGCUUGAACAAGCUGAUGGAGGAUAUGGCAUCGCCUCAAUGUGGAGUUGGACUUGUCCUCAGGGAGGUCUCAGGAGUGAUCGAGGUGGAGGAAGUGGUCCCAGGAGGAGCUGCGCAUCGUUCGGGCCAGGUUUCUGUUCGCGAUGUGAUCAGGAGCGUCGACUCAGUGUAUGUCGGGGUGAAGUACGGGAAACCGCUGGAGCAAGUGAGGCCGCUCAUCAUUGGUCAGAUCGGGACGAGCGUCAGGUUUAGGAUAAGCAGAGAAGGCAGAGAGUUUGAUUGCGACAUAGUCCGCCAGCCGACUGGUUAUACUCCCCUGUCUGCCGCUCCAAGCCCGAAGUCUUCUGUAGCUCCUCAGCAGCUCCUUGACGUCAACGUGAAGAUCACAACAGCAAAGGUAGAGGAAGCUGUUCCCUCGGCCUCCCCGGCCCCUGCAGAGGUCAGGCAUAGCAAAGGGAUUUACUCUGUCAAGCUGCAACACGAGGCCAAGAUGCCGCACGAGCUGACGCUCUUUCCGGGUGACAUCGUGGAGGUGGUUCGAAAGCACAAGACGGGAUGGUGGGAGGGAGUGGCGGCGCGAAGCGGCGAGAAGGGAUGGUUCCCUUCCCAUGUGCUGUGUACCAACCUGGGGAACGUGCAACUGAAUGUAAAUGACAAAAGGGGAGUGAAGGACGGCAACAUCUCUAUACUUCAGGAUGAGAUCGAACACUUGAAGCACACUGUUGCAGAGCAGGAAUCUGCCAUGCAAAGGUUGUCGCUCAGGUGCAGGGAAUUCUCACAACUGUCUAAAGAUGCAAGCUCUGUUCUUGGCGAGAUGCAAGACGCCAUCAGAAGUCUGAAGAUGAAGAAGUUGAAUAGGACGAAUUCAGGGUAUGCCAGCAGCCUUCAAGCUCUCACGAUUGACAGCUCAUACUCUACUAGGCGAAGUCAGUCAGACAAUGCUAUCAGCGGCAGCGAGGAAUCAACACAACAAUUAAAGGCAAGAUUGGAUCAGUGCGAGAAUCGUCUUGCACGCAGUGAAGAUCAGAUUGCGAAGUUGGAGAAGGAGAAAGCAGAGCUGGAAGCGAAGCUGGUGAACUCGACGAAGGCUCAUCAGGAGGCGGAGCACGAGAAGAAGAAACUGAAGCAGGAGCUGGACUUGAUCCUGAGCGACCCUGAGCUGUACUUCGCCGGGAAAUCCAAGUUGCAAAGCCAAGGGCAUGAGGAAGAAGAUGUUGAAGAUUUUGACCCGGAGGAGAAUGAAUAA